AUGGCAGUUCAAAAUUUUGAGAAUAAUGAUGUGCCUACGAUGGAUAUGACAUAUAAUUGUGAAAUUAAAGUGCAUUUGAAGACCUCUUGGACCCGAAGAAAUCAAGGAAGGAGAUAUUGCGCAUGCCCCAAAUAUCGGUUGACUCCUGAAAUUUGUGAAAGAGCCAAGAAAAUUAUACCCGAUGAAAUUGAGCAAUACAAUAUGAAAGAAAGUGAAGCAGAAGUUCGAUUGGUUGCUGCAAUGAGAAAGUUGGAGGAUAUGCGAAAUGAGCUGAAUUUACCCGUUUUGCAGUUACUAUAA